AUGCGGGGCCUGCUGGGCAGCAGCUGGAAGAAGUUUGGACCGGCUGGCCGAGGGACGUAUGAGUGGUUGACCAGUGAACCCAGCCUGCCACUUGUGGAGACCCAGCUGCAGGGCACCCAGAGGACAAGUUCCACCAAAGACGAUGUGGAGCCCUUCCUGUGCAUCCUCCUGCCGGCCACCGUCCUGCUCUUCCUGCUCUUCCUGGGGCUUCUCCUCUACUGCCGCUGCACGGCCCCCCGGCCACAGGGACAGGUCUUCAGCAUUGACCUCCCCGAGCACCCACCAACGGGAGAGGUGACUGACCUUCUGCCAGGCUUACCCUGGGGCAGUGAGCAGGGCUUCCCAUACUCGCCCCUGCCUGCAGAGGGGGCUCUCUUCUCUGUGGGCCUGCCGCCUUCCUAUGAGGAAGCCACCAGGAAAGACCCUGGAGAAGGAGACCGAGAUAAAGUCCUUCGGGACAUUGCAAACGUGGAAUUUCAGCCCACAGUGCUGGUGGGGCUCAGGGCUAUCAGCAGGAUGAAGACACUGAAUGGAUAUAAAUCUCUGUCGGUGGGGAAGCUGGGUCAUGAUGGGGACAACAUGCAGUAG